GGACUUUCCCGCUGGUGCGUUGUGGCAGAUUUUGCUUCUCCACACAGGCUGGAUUGCAUAGAUAUCGGCAUGGAACUCCCUCUCGGGCUGGAGUCCCUUUACGAGCAGCUCUCGCAGGCACAGCAGAGUCAGAUAUCGGGAUUGCUUCGAGAAGGACUCGCCGAUGAAGCUGAGCUAGAGCAUGAACUGGAUGCUGUACUUUCCUUCGUCCGUGAUUUGCAAGACCUUCUAGGAAGGCGCAAGAACAACAAUUAUGUCCUGGCUUCUUUCUUGUCUCCGAUACGACGCCUCCCUGUUGAGAUAAUGGCCGAAAUCUUCGAGCAAUGUGUCCGCGUUGACUCUGCGAAACUCGACUAUUUUUCCACUAAUUCCCAAGUGGCGCCACUUCUCUUGUUGAACGUAUGCUCGUGGUGGAGAAAAAUUUGCCUUGGCUCACCCAGGCUGUGGACGAACCUCACCUUCCGGGCCAAUGAAUACAGGGACAGCUUUGAUCCUGGCAAUCUGCUGGCACGCUCCGGACAAGCCCCUCUGAACGUAACUCUCAAUCCGACCGUCUCUCCGAACUAUCGAGAUAGAGAAGGACCACCUUCAUAUGUCCUUCACACCAUCCUUCGGUCUGAUCGAUUUGUCGCUGGUGUGAAAACGCUCGCGAUUCCAUCAGGCGCAGUGCCUGUCUAUGCGGAACUCCUUCAACCAAUGCAACAUUUCACUCAGUUAACCACACUCGCACUUAACCUAUGCCGUUACCAGGCACGCAACAUGGACAGAGGCGAUACUCUUGAAACCUUCUCCAAUGCGCCAUUACUGACCAGCCUUGAUUUGACGCUCUCUCGGAGUCCGCCACCAGGCGAUACGGCAUCAUAUGCAGUGUAUUUUCCCUGGGGUCAGCUUACCCAUCUAGGCCUUGCCUUCGAAUCCGCCGAUUGGGUUGGCUCAUGGCCAAUGCCGUUACUCCUCAAUAUCCUCCGUCGGUGUCAACUUGUCACCCAUUUAACGCUUGGGCGGCUCAUACCCUUCCCAUUCGCAUCAACUUAUCCUGUGUGCCAUCUUCCUGCUGUCAAAACCCUUGUCCUCAACAACAAUUCCACCAUGAUAUUGCCUUUCUUGGCCGUUCCCGGUGUCCAAGAGCUUGUCGCCGACAACGCCCACUGGGAUCCCGAAAAUUUUGCAUCCCUCAAGGCCAACUCCGGCCUGACAAAACUGCGGGUACUAGACUUCUGCCACUUGGACCCAACAAGCACCCAGAGUGUGUUGCGCAUUCUCUUCACGCAUGACAGCACAAUAGAAGAGCUUCGCCUGCCAAUACUCAACGACGAAGCAUUGGUGAGAAGCCUGAUAUGGCUGCCCAACCGGUCAAACAACAUCCUGCCGAGGUUGACUUAUCUCUGGAUUGGAUUGACGACGAGGGAAGUGAUGAGCGAUGGAGGUGCGCUAUUCCUCCAAAUGGUUCGUUCUCGUGUACGGCUGCAAACGGAAACCAUACCAAGAACCUCCGAUGGUGAAACCCGGAGCUUCUUGGUCAAAGUAGAAGCACACAUUCCUGCAGCUGACUGGAGCGAUGCCGUUGCGGAAGCGAAGUUAGAAUUGCUACAUUGCGGUGUUUUACUUUUACCUGGAAUAUCAAUCAAUCUGUAA